AUGGAUUUUGUCCAUACUUUAGUAAGUUUGCCUCUUGCAGUGACUUAUGGCGUGCCACAAGGAUCGAUCCUAGGGCCUCUGAUGUUUGUGGUUUUCAUAAACGAUUUAGACAUUGCGCUCAAAAAAACCAAGCUAAUUUUCUACGCUGAUGACACUGUUGUAUAUUACUCUGGAAAAACAUCGGAAGAAAUUAUCAAAAUUCUGAAUGAUGAUUUACAGGAGCUGGGUAAAUGGUUCAAGAAAAAUAAUCUGGUUAUUAAUAUGAAGAAGGGAAAAACAGAAUUCGUUCUCUAUGGAACUGCAAAACGUAUUGCGAUACAACAACCAAGCGGUGAGCAAAUCAAUGUGACUAUUUGUGGUGAAAACGUUAAUCAAUCUGCAUCAUAUGAUUAUCUGGGUGUGACUUUGGACAGUAAAUUAACUUUACUUUCACUGAAUACUUGCAGAAACUUUAUAAGAAGGGCUCUACGAGACUAAAACUGCUAUCCACUGUACGUGUAUGAGAGUAUCUCGCCGUAUGUUGCUGAAACAAUUUAUCGCUCUAUGAUUGAGCCGGUAUUGAUGUACUGCAGUGAAGUAUUUUUAGGUGAUGAGCGGCAAAGUUGUCAUAAACUGCAGAAUCUUCAGGAGCGUGCGAACAAGAUCAUUUUUGGAAAAAAGGCCCGAAAUACGUGGAUCCCUCUUAAAAAUCGAAGAGAAAUGGAUGUAGCUAUCACAACUUUCAAAUGUAUCCAUGAUCUUUCACCGUUGGCGUCCUGUUUAGGAUUUUCUAAGCUGAAUCAAGGGAAGAAUACCCGAGGAAAUGGAAUGAAUCUUGUCCUACCGAAGGUCAGAACAGAAUCUGGGAAAAAAACAUUUGCAUUUCAAGGAACUAAGUUGUACAAUAAGUUAACAAGGGAACUUAAAGAAGAACGAUCAUUGCUCCUUUUUAAAUCUAAACUUAAAUUGUUCUAUUCUUAG